GCCAGUGCUGGGCAGGGUGGGCAAGGCUGUGUGGCUUUGGCCACUCAAGGCCUUUUUCAGACUCAUCUCUCUCGCUCCAAGAUGUCCUGCUACGACCUGUGCCCCCCCAGGACCAGCACAGACCUGUGCCCGCCCAGAACCAGCGUGGCUGUGCCCCAGCCCAUCGCUGAGAGCUGCAACGAGCUGUGCGCCCGCCAGUGCCCCGACUCCUCUGCCUUCAUCCAGCCACCACCCGUGGUGGUCACCUUCCCCGGGCCCAUCCUCAGCUCCUUCCCCCAGCAGGCCGUGGUGGGCUCCUCCGGAGCACCGGCCUUUGGCGGCUCCCUGGGGCUGGGCGGCCUCUACGGCGCCGGCGCCACCCAGGCCUCGGGGGGCCUCUGCACCUUUGGCAGGGCCUACGCUGCUCCCGCCUGCAGCCCUUGCGCCUGGCCCCGCUACAGCAAGAAGCUCUGGGACACCUGCGGGCCCUGCUAGAGCCACCACCAACUGCCCCAAAGCCCCGCUGCCGCCUCAGCCCAGCAUGGAGAAGCUGAGCUCUGCACAAGCUGCCCUGGUCACCUGCAGCCCGUGACUCCCGGCCUGCCUGGGGCCUGCCCACCCUCUCUCUCCCUGCCUCUCCUGCCUUUCGGUGCUCAAUAAA